UCGGUUUGAAAGAAACGGUUGAAAGAAACGGUUGAACGCGGACGAGCGGAAAAAGUGAGUGAGAGAGUGAAAAAGGAAGAGCGAAAGAGCAAGCGUGCGGCGUCGGUCCGAAAAGUUGAAUUUUUGCUCGAUCCUCAAGGAAAUACAACAACGGAAUAUUGUUAUUAUUUUUUUUGGCAUUUUUUUUAAUGUUUCAAAUCGGAAAAUGUCGCCGUCGUCGGGACAGCGUCUCCUCUUAGUUUAUCAAAAAAAGCUUUAACAUUCAAAGUGUAAAACAAUAAAACACCGUUCAACGUAUUAAACACUGCAAAUAUAUACAAAACAAAUUAAAUCCUCCUAUAAUACAAAAAAAUAUCCUCAAAGAGAGACCGAAAAAGGAGAGAAAAAGAAACCAGAAGAAGUGAAAAACUGGAAAAGUGGUUAACUGGAAAACUGGAUUACAAUGGAAUGGCAGCGCAGCCGACGUCGCAGUCGCGCACAAAACACUUGGAUUUGUUUUUGGAUUAACAAAAUGCACGCAGUCGCGUCGCUGCCGGCGUCGCUGCCACUGCUGCUGCUGACGCUGGCGUUUGCGAAUUUGCCACACACCGUUCGCGGAACUGAUACCGCGUUGGUGUCCGGUUCCUGCACAAGUUUGGGCUGCCAGAAUGGCGGCACCUGCGUCACACAAAACAAUGGCAAAACCUACUGCGCUUGCGACUCGGACUAUGUUGGCGACUACUGUGAACACCGCAAUCCGUGCAUGACAAGACGCUGCCAGAAUGGAGGCACCUGCCAGGUGACCUUUCGCAACGGUCGCUUUGGCUUCUCGUGCCAAUGUCCUUUGGGCUUUGACGAGUCCUUGUGCGAAAUACCGGUGCCGAAUGCCUGCGAUCAUGUGGCAUGCCACAACGGUGGCACUUGCCAACUGAAGACCCUGCAGGAGUACACGUGUGCGUGUGCCAACGGCUAUACAGGUUCACACUGCGAGACGAAGAAUCUGUGCGCCAGUUCGCCCUGCCGCAAUGGUGCCACCUGUACCGCCCUGGCCGGAAGUGGCAGCUUCACCUGCUCCUGCCCACCAGGAUUCACCGGUCACACCUGCUCCGAGGACAUCGAGGAGUGCCAGUCGAAUCCCUGCAAGUACGGCGGCACCUGCGUCAACACCCACGGAUCCUACAAAUGCAUGUGUCCCACGGGCUACACGGGAAAGGAUUGCGACACCAAGUACAAGCCCUGCUCACCAUCGCCCUGCCAGAAUGGUGGAGUUUGCCAAUCGAAGGGGCUGUCCUACGACUGCAGGUGCCCCAAAGGUUUCGAGGGCAAGAACUGCGACCAGAACAUCGACGACUGCCUGGGGCACUUGUGCCAGAACGGGGGCACCUGCAUCGACGGGAUCUCGGAGUUCAGCUGCCGGUGUCCGCCGAAUUUCACGGGGCCGUAUUGCCAGGACGACGUGGACGAGUGCGCCCAGCGGGAGCACCCGGUGUGCCAGAACGGAGCCACGUGCACGAACACCCACGGCUCCUACAGCUGCAUCUGCGUGAACGGCUGGGCGGGAUUGGACUGCAGCAACAACACGGAUGACUGCAAGCAGGCGGCCUGCUUCUACGGUGCCACCUGCAUCGACGGCGUCGGCAGCUUCUACUGCCAGUGCACCAAGGGGAAGACGGGGCUGCUGUGCCAUUUGGACGACGCCUGCACCUCGAAUCCCUGCCACGCGGACGCCAUCUGCGACACCAGUCCGAUCAACGGCUCCUACGCCUGCUCCUGUGCCGCCGGCUACAAGGGCGUCGACUGCUCCGAGGACAUCGACGAGUGUGACCAGGGAUCGCCAUGCGAGCACAACGGCAUCUGUGUGAACACGCCGGGCAGCUACCGCUGCAAUUGCUCGCAGGGAUUCACCGGUCCGCGCUGCGAGACGAACAUCAACGAGUGCGAAUCGCAUCCCUGCCAGAACGAGGGCAGUUGCUUGGAUGAUCCGGGCACUUUCCGGUGCGUCUGUAUGCCAGGAUUCACGGGCACCCAGUGCGAGAUCGACAUCGAUGAGUGCCAGUCGAAUCCGUGCCUGAACGACGGCACCUGCCACGACAAGAUCAAUGGGUUCAAGUGCAGCUGCGCCUUGGGAUUCGCCGGCACCCGAUGCCAGAUCAACAUCGACGACUGCCAGUCGCAGCCGUGCCGCAACAGGGGCAUCUGCCACGACUCCAUCGCCGGCUACAGUUGCGAGUGUCCGCCGGGCUACACGGGCACCAGCUGUGAGAUCAACAUCAAUGACUGCGACUCGAAUCCCUGCCAUCGGGGCAAGUGCAUCGACGACGUGAACAGCUUCAAGUGCCUUUGUGAUCCCGGCUACGAGGGCUACAUCUGCCAGAAGCAGAUCAACGAGUGCGAGUCGAAUCCGUGCCAGUUCGAUGGCCACUGCCAGGAUCGUGUGGGCAGCUACUACUGCCAGUGCCAGGCGGGCACCAGUGGCAAGAACUGCGAGGUGAACGUGAACGAGUGCCACAGCAAUCCGUGCAAUAAUGGGGCCACCUGCGUGGACGGCAUCAAUUCCUACAAAUGCCAGUGUGUCCCCGGAUUCACGGGUCAGCAUUGUGAGAAGAAUGUGGACGAGUGCGUGAGCAGUCCGUGUGCCAACAAUGGUGUGUGCAUCGACCAGGUGAAUGGCUACAAGUGCGAGUGUCCGCGUGGAUUCUACGAUGCCCAUUGCCUCAGCGACGUCGAUGAGUGUGCCUCCAAUCCGUGCGUGAAUGGUGGUCGCUGCGAGGACGGCAUCAACGAGUUCAUCUGCCACUGCCCACCGGGAUACACUGGCAAGCGGUGCGAACUGGACGUGGACGAGUGCAGCAGCAAUCCCUGCCAGCAUGGCGGCACCUGCUACGACCGACUGAACGCCUUCAGCUGCCAAUGCAUGCCGGGCUAUACGGGGCAGAAGUGUGAGACGAACAUCGACGACUGUGUGGCCAGUCCGUGCGGCAAUGGGGGCACCUGCAUCGACAAGGUCAACGGGUACAAGUGCGUCUGCAAGGUGCCCUUCACCGGACGCGACUGCGAGAGCAAGAUGGAUCCCUGUGCGAGCAAUCGCUGCCGGAACGAGGCCAAGUGCACGCCCAGCUCGAACUUCCUGGACUUCUCCUGCACCUGCAAGCUGGGCUACACGGGUCGCUACUGCGACGAGGACAUCGACGAGUGUGCCCUCAGCUCGCCCUGCCGCAACGGAGCCAGCUGCCUGAAUGUCCCGGGAUCGUACCGAUGCCUGUGCACCAAGGGUUACGAGGGACGGGACUGUGCGGUGAACACGGACGACUGCGCCGUGUUUCCGUGCCAGAAUGGGGGCACCUGCCUGGACGGGAUCGGCGACUACAGCUGCCUGUGCGUGGACGGAUUCGAUGGCAAGCACUGCGAGACGGACGUGAACGAGUGCCUGAGUCAGCCCUGCCAGAAUGGGGCCACCUGCAGCCAGUAUGUGAACAGCUACACCUGCACGUGUCCACUCGGAUUCAGCGGUAUCAAUUGCCAGACGAACGACGAGGACUGCACGGAGAGCUCCUGCCUGAACGGCGGCAGUUGUGUGGACGGGAUCAAUGGGUACAACUGCAGCUGCUUGGCGGGAUUCUCGGGGGCCAACUGCCAGUACAAGCUGAACAAGUGCGACUCGAAUCCCUGCCGGAACGGGGCCACCUGCCACGAGCAGCGGGACGAGUACACCUGCCACUGCCCCAGCGGAUUCACCGGGAAGCAGUGCUCCGAGUACGUGGACUGGUGCGGCCAGUCGCCCUGCGAGAAUGGGGCCACCUGCAGCCAGCUGAAGCACCAGUUCAGCUGCAAGUGCUCCGCGGGAUGGACGGGCAAGCUGUGCGACGUCCAGACGAUAUCCUGCCAGGAUGCGGCGGAGCGGAAGGGUCUCAGUCUCCGGCAGCUGUGCAACAAUGGCACGUGCAAGGACUACGGGAAUAGCCAUGUGUGCUACUGCGCCCAGGGAUAUGCGGGCAGCUACUGCCAGAAGGAGAUCGACGAGUGCCAGUCGCAGCCGUGCCAGAAUGGAGGCACCUGCCGCGACCUGGUUGGGGCAUACGAGUGCAGCUGCCGCCAGGGAUUCCAGGGGCAGAACUGCGAGCUGAACAUCGACGACUGUGCCCCCAAUCCCUGUCAGAAUGGCGGCACCUGCCACGACCGCGUGAUGAACUUCAGCUGCAGCUGUCCGCCCGGCACCGUGGGCAUCAUCUGUGAGAUCAACAAGGACGACUGCAAGCCGGGGGCAUGCCACAACAACGGGAGCUGCAUCGAUCGCGUCGGCGGCUUCGAGUGCGUCUGCCAGCCGGGAUUCGUGGGCGCCCGCUGCGAGGGCGACAUCAACGAGUGCCUAAGCAAUCCGUGCUCCAAUGCUGGAACUCUGGACUGCGUCCAACUGGUGAACAACUACCACUGCAACUGCCGACCCGGCCACAUGGGUCGCCACUGCGAGCACAAGGUGGACUUCUGCGCCCAGAGUCCCUGCCAGAAUGGCGGCAACUGCAAUGUGCGGCAGAGUGGCCACCACUGCAUCUGCAACAACGGCUUCUACGGCAAGAACUGCGAGCUGAGCGGCCAGGACUGCGACUCCAAUCCCUGCCGCGUCGGCAACUGUGUGGUGGCCGACGAGGGCUUCGGCUAUCGGUGCGAGUGCCCACGCGGCACCAUCGGCGAGCACUGCGAGAUCGACACCCUCGACGAGUGCAGCCCCAAUCCGUGUGCCCAGGGCGCCGCCUGCGACAAUCUGCUGGGCGACUUCGAGUGCCUCUGCCCGAGCAAAUGGGGCGGCAAGCGGUGCGACGUCUACGACGCGGGCUAUCCCGGCUGGAACGAUGGCGGAUCCGGUGGUUCGAGUGCGGCGGGUGGGUCGACGGGCAAGGAGCGGUAUGCCGCCGAUAUGGAACAGCAGCGGGCGAUGUGCGAGAAGCGGGGAUGCAACGAGAAGCAGGGCAACGGCGACUGCGAUGCCGAGUGCAACACCUAUGCCUGCAACUUCGACGGCAACGACUGCUCGCUGGGCAUCAAUCCGUGGGCCAACUGCUCGGCGAACGAGUGCUGGAACAAGUUCAAGAACGGCAAGUGCAACGAGGAGUGCAACAAUGCGGCCUGCCACUUCGAUGGCCACGACUGCGAGCGGAAGCUGAAGAACUGCCUCUACGACGCCUACUGCCAGAAGCACUAUGGCGACGGCUUCUGCGACUACGGGUGCAACAAUGCGGAGUGCAGCUGGGACGGCCUCGACUGCGAGAACAAGACCCAAUCGCCGGUGCUGGCCGAAGGUGCCAUGUCCGUGGUGAUGCUGAUGAACGUGGAGGCGUUCCGCGAGGUGCAGGCCUCGUUCCUGCGCAACAUGAGCCACAUGCUGCGGACGACGGUGCGGCUGAAGAAGGACGCCCUCGGCCACGACAUCAUCAUCAACUGGAAGGACAGCCAGCGGGUGCCGGAGAUCGAGGACACGGACUUUGCGCGCAAGAACAAGAUCCUCUACACACAGCAGGUCUUCCAGACGGGCAUACAGAUCUACCUGGAGAUCGACAAUCGCAAGUGCACCGAAUGCUUCACCCAUGCCGCCGAGGCAGCCGAAUUCCUUGCGGCCACGGCGGCCAAACACCAGCUGCGCAAUGACUUCCAGAUCCACAGUGUGCGCGGGAUCACCAAUCCCGGCGACGAGGACAACGGCGAACCGCCGGCGAACGUCAAGUACGUGAUCACCGGCAUCAUCCUGGUCAUCAUCGUGCUGGCCUUCUUCGGCAUGGUGCUCAGCACGCAGCGGAAGCGGGCACAUGGCGUCACCUGGUUCCCGGAGGGAUUCCGUGCCCCGGCGGCGGUGAUGUCGCGUCGUCGCCGCGAUCCGCAUGGCCAGGAGAUGCGCAAUCUGAACAAGCAGGGCGGCAUCUCGCUGCAGGCACAGGGCGUUGGCCAGUCGGGUGUCCAUUGGUCGGACGACGAGUCGGACAUGCCGAUGCCCAAGCGGCAGAGGGACAUGUCCGAUCCCGUGGGCUCCGUGGUGGGACUGGGCAACAAUGGUGGCUAUGCCAGCGAUCACACGAUGGUCAGUGAGUACGAGGAGGCCGAUCAGCGGGUCUGGUCGCAGGCGCACAUGGAUGUGGCCGAGGUGCGGGCCAUCAUGACGCCGCCGGCGCAUCAGGAUGGCGGCAAGCACGACGUGGACGCCCGCGGCCCCGGCGGCCUCACACCGCUGAUGAUAGCCGCCAAGCGUGGCGGAGGACUGGACACCGGCGAGGAUAUCGAGAGCAGCGAAGACAGCACCGGCCAGGUGAUAACCGACCUGAUCGCCCAGGGCGCCGAUCUUAAUGCCACCAUGGACAAGUCGGGCGAGACGUCGCUGCAUCUGGCCGCCCGUCAUGCCCGCGCGGAUGCGGCCAAGCGGCUGCUGGACGCCGGAGCGGAUGCCAAUUGCCAGGACAACACCGGAAGGACGCCACUGCAUGCGGCCGUGGCAGCGGAUGCCAUGGGCGUGUUCCAGAUACUGUUGCGGAAUAGGGCCACCAAUCUGAAUGCCCGCAUGCACGACGGCACCACGCCCCUCAUCCUGGCCGCCCGUCUGGCCAUCGAGGGCAUGGUGGAGGAUCUGAUCACGGCCGAUGCGGACAUCAAUGCGGCGGACAACUCCGGCAAGACGGCGCUCCAUUGGGCGGCGGCCGUCAAUAACACGGAGGCGGUGAACAUACUGCUGAUGCACCAUGCCAACCGAGAUGCCCAGGACGACAAGGACGAAACGCCGCUGUUCCUCGCCGCUCGCGAGGGCGCCUACGAGACGUGCAAGGCGCUGCUGGACAACUUCGCCAAUCGCGAGAUCACCGACCACAUGGACCGCCUGCCACUCGACGUGGCCAACGAGCGACUGCACGACGACAUCGUCCGUCUGCUGAACGAGCACGUGCCGCGCUCCCCGCAGAUGCUCAGCAUGCCGCCGCAGGCGAUGAUCGGAUCACCGCCGCCGGGACAGCAGCAGCAGCAGCAGCCGCAGCUGAUCACCCAGCCGACGGUGAUAUCCGCCGGGAACGGGGGCAAUGGCGGCGGAAACGGCGUCGGGAAGCAGAGCAGCCAGUCGGCCAAGCAGAAGGCGGCCAAGAAGGCCAAGCUCAUCGAGGGCAGCAGUGCGGACAACGGACUGGACGCCACGGGCAGUCUGCGGCGUAAGGCGAUCAAAAAGACAAGUGCGGCCUCAAAAAAGGCCGCCCACUUGAAUGGCCUCAAUCCCGGCCAGCUGGCGGGAGUGCCGGGCGGUGUCCAGGGAGUCCAGGGAGUUCCGCCUCCGAACUCGGCGGCGGCACAGGCGGCGGCGGCGGCGGCAGCAGCUGCAGCAGCCGUGGCGGCCAUGUCCCACGAACUGGAGGGAUCCCCGGUGGGCGUGGGCAUGGGCGGCAACCUGCCCAGUCCGUACGACACCAGUUCCAUGUACUCGAACGCGAUGGCCGCGCCGCUGGCGAACGGCAACCCGAACACGGGCGCCAAACAGCCGCCGAGCUAUGAGGAUUGCAUCAAGAAUGCGCAAUCACUGCAAUCGCUGCAGGCCAACGGUCUGGACAUGAUCAAGCUGGACACCUACGGCUACUCGAUGGGCUCGCCAUUUCAGCAGGAGCUGCUCAAUGGCCAAGGACUCGGGAUGAACGGGAAUGGCCAGCGGAACGGAGUCAUCUCCGGCGUUCUGCCCGCCGGACUUUGCGGGAUGGGCGGUCUGACCGGGACCGGGAACGGAACCGGAAACGGAAAUAGCCACGAGCAGGGACUCAGUCCGCCGUACUCGAAUCAGUCGCCGCCGCACUCGGUGCAAAGCAGCCUGGCGCUUUCGCCCCACGCCUAUUUGGGUUCUCCAUCGCCGGCCAAGUCGCGACCCAGUCUGCCCACCUCGCCCACCCACAUCCAGGCGAUGAGGCAUGCCACACAGCAGAAGCAGUUCGGUGGCAGUAAUCUCAACAGUCUGCUGGGCGGUGCCAGCGGAGGGGGCGUGGUCGGAGGAGGCGGCGGUCUGGGGCCACAGAACUCGCCAGUGAGCUUGGGAAUCAUCUCGCCAACGGGCAGCGACAUGGGCAUUAUGCUCGCCCCGCCGCAAUCCUCGAAGAGCAGUGCAAUAAUGCAGACGUUAUCCCCCCAGCAGCAGCAGCAGCAGCAACAGCAGCAACAGCAGCAGCAUCAGCAGCAGCAACAGCAGCAGCAGCAACAGCAACAGCAUCAGCAGCAGCAACUCGGAGGACUGGAGUUCGGUUCAGCGGGCUUGGACCUGAAUGGAUUUUGUGGAUCUCCGGACUCAUUUCACUCGGGUCAAAUGAAUCCGCCCUCGAUACAAAGUUCGAUGUCCGGCUCGUCGCCGUCGACCAACAUGCUGUCGCCGUCGUCGCAGCACAACCAGCAGGCCUUCUACCAGUACCUAACGCCCCCGAGCCAGCAUUCCGGCGGCCACACGCCGCAGCACUUGGUCCAGACGCUGGACAGCUACCCGACGCCCUCGCCGGAGUCGCCUGGCCACUGGUCCUCCUCCUCGCCGCGCUCCAACUCCGAUUGGAGCGAGGGCGUCCAGUCGCCGGCGGCCAACAAUCUCUACAUUUCCGGCGGCCAUCAGGCCAACAAGGGAUCCGAGGCCAUCUACAUUUGACCAUAAGCCGAUGCGAUGAUCUAUCUGGACGGGAAUAGGGAUGUGUGGAUGGAUAGUUGGAUCGAAAAUGGAAUCGAAAGCGAUUGCCAGGGAUAACAGCAGAGGGACUCUUAAAGAGUCCGCGGCUACGUUCUAUCUAAAAUGCUAUAUAUAAUGUAAUUCUAUAAUCCCUAUGAUUAUGUAUUUUCUCACGCGCCCCCUUCUUUUUUUUUUGUGUGUGUCAAUAAGUGUUAGAUUUAAGAUCGAAAUACGCAAUUCUAGCGGAAGAAGCGUCAUAAAUUGUAGUAACUUAAAUUAUUUUAAUGCUUGUUGUACAGUGCGCCAAUCGCAUAUAUAUAUAACAAUAUAUAUAUAUAUAUAUAAAGAUAUCUACUCAUAGAUAUACCAGUUAAGAGCUCGUUUUGUGGCGCAUCUUAUCUUAUUGUCGUAACGUCAUCGUAGCUUCCAGUAAACGAAAACAUAAAAUAAUAACCAGAGAGAGAGGAGAAACUAAACUUAGCGCAAAUUCUGAUUGAUGAUCGAUUAAACGUUGGUGGGACAUUUGUAGUUUUAAGCGACCAUUAUAUCACUAGGCCCUAAGUCUAGGCUAAGUUUUUAUCGAAUUCUACAUUUAAUUAUGGCCCACAAGCUAUAUAAAUAUAUAUAUAUAUUUCGUAGUUUUGUAGGUUUCGAAACUGAAGUGCUUAUAUAAACAAAAUUGUUAGACGUAUGCCGCAUCAAACCUUUUUUUUUACACCAAGUUUUUUUUUUAUUAUUAUUAUUAUGACUAUUAUGUAUUAUUACAUAUUGACUAAGCUAAACUGUAAAAAGAUUCUCAUAACUGUUUGAUUUAAGUUCAUAAAACAAAAGGAAUUGCAAAAGUUAUACAAAAAUCACCAACGAGAACGUAUAAUGCUAAUAAAAAACGAACAAAAAAACAAGAAAAAAGACAGUAACCAGCCAAGUUUUCUAUAUAUAUAAGGCCCCCAUUAUGAUCUAAGUUGAUUAAUAGAUAUUUUCAAAAAAUAUACAACAGAGAAAGACACUAGAAGACCACAAAUACGAUUUUUUUGUUCGAUUUGCAACUAUUUUUAAUUCGAACUGUAAUGCUUUCUAUCGUCUAUAUUUUGUGUAAGUUUUUAAUUUGUAAAUUGUAAAAUUAUUUGUUUUCCUAACUUAAACAGCAAGACAGCAAAACAUAAAUGCAACCAUUUUGACAUAAAUAAUAAAUAUUAAAUAAUUAUUUUAAA